ACUGGAGGAAGUGUAUCUUCACAGGAACGUGGAUUUGGAACGAAUAGACGAAUUCGCUUUUUAUGGCGUGAUUCACGGCCCAACGCAUCUAGACCUUUCAGAAACCAAAGUUAGCUCUCUGCCUUCAAUAGGUAUGGAGACCAUUGAAAAGCUCCAGAUUAAAAACACUUGGGCCCUCAAAGUUCCUCCCCCCUUUAGAGCCUUCCUCCACUUACAGAGCGCUGAAUUGACCUUCCCCAGCCAUUGUUGUGGUCUCAAAAUGUUGAAGAGAUGGAGAGGACACUCUGAAGCCGUUUUUUGCAACCUGACUCGGACUGCAUUGAAAAAGCUGCAGGACUCCUCUCAGAAAUAUCCAGUUAACGAAGUGUACCAGCAUCUCAAAGAAAGCUCUGCUCCUCCAGCUCAUGGGAGCAGAUAUCACAACCACUUGUACGACAGCCCCACGUGCGCGACUGAACAGGCUCAGAAUGAGGGUUUGUUUUACGUGGAGUUGCCUACCGAGCAUCUCAGUGAAGGGUUUGACUUUGCUCUGUGUGAUGAACUUCGUACGGAUACUCACAGACUCCUUUGUACCCCCCUGCCUGAUGCUUUGAACCCCUGUGAGGAUGUGAUGAGUCAAGGCUUCCUGCGGGUGUUAGUCUGGGUGGUCAGUCUGUUAGCUAUCUCCGCUAACUUCCUGGUGAUGUUCAUCCUGCUGACCAGCCGGCAGAAGUUGUCCGUCACCCGCUUCCUCAUGGGUCACCUAGCGUUCGCAGACUUUUGCAUGGGGACAUACUUACUGUUCAUAGCAUCUGUGGACCUCUACACACGCUCCCAUUACUACCACUAUGCUAUCGCCUGGCAAACAGGAAGUGGCUGCAAUCUAGCAGGAACGUUAUCAGUGUUUGCCAGCGAGCUAUCAGUGUACACAUUAACGCUAAUCAGCUUGCAACGUUGGCAUGCAAUCUUCUACGCAAUGAGGCCAGACAGGAAGAUGAGGCUACGCCAUGCAGCUGUGCUAAUGCUAAUCGGCUGGUUGCUGUGUUUGAUCCUAGCUCUGCUGCCAGUACUGGGAGUGAGCAGUUUCCAGAAAGUGAGCAUCUGCUUGCCCAUGGACACUGAAACCACCGCUGCUCGGACCUACGUGGUGUCGUUGCUCAUGGUUAAUGUUGUUGCUUUCAUGGUGGUGUGUCUAUGUUACCUCCACAUCUACUGCAUGGUGCACAAUCCCCAGCACCAGUCCAGCAGAUGCGAUACGACCAUGGCUAAACGCAUGGCGGUUCUGAUUUUCACCAACUUCCUGUGUCUGGCUCCCAUCUGUUUCUAUGGCUUGUUUGCAGCGCUCCACCAACCAUUGAUGACCAUCACAGACUCCAAG